CGGAUCCGCAGGGACACGCAGCCACUCCUUCGUUCUUGAGAUCGCUCGUUAUUUCAGUGAAAUGUUCACAUUAAAUGCUUCCAACAUGACCGUUUAGUAUGAGAAGUCGAAUGGUCUCAAGAAUACUGUGUCUACUAGCACUCCUCAAUUGUAAGUGCUGGUGCCUUAACAUGAGUGGGAUCUGGGUACCCCCCUACGCCGUUGAAGGUGAAGAACCGGAGCUGGAGUGUAGAUACCAAGCUGAAGGUGACACCCUUUACGGAGUCAAAUGGUACAAAGGAGACGAAGAGUUCUACAGAUACAUCUUCAGAUCCACACCACCGUAUAGUUCUUACGAAGUAGAAGGAGUUACUGUUAACAUGGAUCGGUCGGAUAGCAAACGCGUGGUGCUGAAGAACAUUGGACCUUCGACAAGCGGUACCUACAAGUGUGAAGUGUCGGCAGAAGCACCUUCAUUUCACAGCGCUACAGCUGAGACAAGCAUGACCGUCAUAUACAAGCCGACGGCUGGUCCCAAGAUCUCCGGCCAGAAGGAGCAGUACCUCAUCGGGGACGAAGUGAACCUCAACUGCACUUCGGCCGAGUCUUACCCCGCUGCCCAUCUCACCUGGCACAUCAACGACAAGCAGGUUGAGAGCAUCAGCGGAGCCUCCGAGCACGCGGGAGCCAGGCCUGACCUCAUCGUGGCCGUUACCAGACUCAAGUUCAGGCUCAAUUCGCGACACAUCAAGAACGGGCGGACCAUCAUCACCUGCGUCUCCAGGUACGGCAUCUGGCCUCCCUUCCAGGACAUGGAGGGCCCUGAAGAGAAUGCCCUCACGGCUCCCGAUGGCAAGGACUUGCAGAGACUGUACUCGGUCAAGUGGGACACCAGGCUGUAUCUCACCAUGAAAGAUGCAGGAUGCCAUUCUGCCUUAAUCGGGUGGACUACACUAUUGCUCACUGCCCUGUCUGCAAUACAAUGCUCAUCAUGAACCCCUGGCUCAGAUCAACGAUUAUCUUCGAAUCAUAUAUUAUGUAUAUUUUAUUAUAUAAUUUAAUAAAAAUGAAAAACAUUACAAUAUUAACC